AUGGAACAAAUAAUAAUAAACGAUGAUGGAGCAAAUAAUAAUAAUAAUAAUAACAACAAUAAUCAUAAUGGGGAUUUAGAACUAUCACCAAUUACAACAAACAAUGAAAUAAAAGAAUCAAUAGAAAAGAAAAAAGAAAAGAAACAAGUUGUUGCUAAAUGGGAGACAGAGUUUUCAAUAACAUCAAUCAAGAAUGUAUUGAGAGAAAAGUCAUUGUACAAGGAUGUUGGCAUGGUACAAUUAUUCUCUUUUAUAGAGAUGAUUCUAAUCUCUUUGUUUGGUAUUGCUGCAUCGAUUGCAAUAUCAUAUAUACCAUUCACCAAUACCGAUACACAACAAUUGAUUAAAGAUCCAUCACUCUAUUAUAACCCAUUUCCAGCGGCAUCUAUAUUCUUUUUGGCAGUUUCAACUGUGGUAAUACUUAUUGGAUAUGGUUUUUUUACACUACUUUAUGGAUUCAAUGUAACCAGAUCACUCCUUUAUAUAACUGUCAUCCCAGGGUUACUAUUAUCAUCUUGGUUCUUUAUAUUUGUUGCAUUUGAUGUUUAUCCUUGGUAUUAUGGUCUUAAACUACAAAGAAUAUUUUCAAUACCAUUAGCAGUACAUAUAGUUAUAAUAGCAUUAUAUUCAUUUGUUAUAUUUCCAUAUUAUCGAUUACUAGAUUCUGCCAUUACAAGAUCGGUGAUUAGAUUGGUGGUACAUCCAGUAUUAUCGCUGGUCAAUCUAUUUGUUACAAAGUUUUUUUGUAAGCAAUAUGUAAAUGCCAAGUAUCCACAUUUGGCAGCUGGUAUCACAUUUGGUGUUGUAUUGGAGGGAUCUCUAUUUGGUCGUUUCUUAAUUGCAACGGCUGGUUCAGAGGCUGCCACUCUUUCAACAUCUGUUAUUACUGGAUUGACAGAAAUUGCUCUUCGUGUAACUGCCAAUCUACAAUAUGAUGUCAUUCGAUAUUUAGCAGCCAAAUUUAUCAAAUUAGAACUGGCACCAGAAGAUGAAACAGAAAAAAAGUUCAAUGCUCAAUGUGUCAUCAAUGCAAUGAUUGUUGAAAAGGCAUCGAUCGUGACUAUCCCUUUCUUUUUCCAUUUCUUUUGGAAACAUAGAACUGUAUUUAAUUUUUCUUUUACUGAAACUCCUCCAAAUUUAAAUCUUUUGAUAGAAUCAGCAGCAAUACAAUUAGCAAUUGAUGUUGUAGUAGAUGUAGUUUGUUUAAUUGGUGAAAUGGCACAAAAGAUGCCGAUUGCUAAAGUUUACAGAGAGAACAGAGUCAUGUAUAUUAUUUGGGAGAUUUUAAAUUAUAUACAAAUGUGUAUUUUAAUUAUCUAUGUCCUCAAAACACUUCCUUCAAAAUUAUAUUGUGAUACUCCCAAUCCAUGUGAUUGUAGAGUUCUCUUUGUAAAGGAAUUAUUUAGUUUUUGUCCAACUACUAUAGAUUAA